AUUUUUUAAAUUUAAAAUUAAAGUUGGUUUAAUAAACAAUAAAAUGUAUCUGAUUCGGAACGAAACUCCCUAAACUUUUUCUUGUUAGUGUUAGUCAGAUGUCACUUACAAAUCAAAAUAAUGGAAGAUUUCCCGAAAUUAGUGAAUCCACACGAUGAAUCUGUUAUUAUAAUUAAUAAUUCAUCUUUCUCAAUUGGGCGAAGUCUCAGCUGUGAUCAUAUCAUUGAAUCUCUUGGUGUUUCCCGAUUUCAUUGCUUUAUUAAGAAAAAUGACGAGAAAUGGACACUUUUUGAUCGAAGUACCAAUGGAACAAUUGUCAACUCAACUCUUUACAAAUUUAACCAGAGUAUUGAUUUAAAAGACGGAGAUAUUAUAAAAUUAGGGCCUGAGAAUUUAAAUUUUGUUUUCACUUGUUCUCCCACAUCUAAAAGUUCCGAACCACACGUGACUCCUCAAAACCAACCAGUUGUAGCUGACAUUCAAAGAGAACUGGAAAUAGAUGAGGCACUUAUAAGAGAAUUAGAAGAGCCUUUUCCAGAUCAAGUUGCUUCUUCUGAGCCUAAGGAAGAGUCUGAAACGGCUCAACCUGACAGCAAACCCGAAGACUUGAUGGAAAACGAGCUCACUUGCAGUAUCUGUUCCGAAUUGUUUAUUAAAGCAGUCACUUUAAACUGUUCACAUACAUUUUGCAAAUUCUGCAUAGACAAAUGGACGAAAAACAAAUCAAAUUGUCCCAUUUGUCGCAAAGCCAUCACAAAUAUAGCCCCAACUCUAGUCCUUGAUAAUUUUAUCGAAAAGUUUAUAAAUACGCAGAAUGAUGAGAUGAAAGAGACUCGGAAAGUUUUAAUCCAACAACGAGAAGAGAUUGUCGUGAAUACUGCAAGUAGUUCGACUGGCGGUCCUGUGGUUGAUGUUGAACCAGGACGCAUUAUUGAGAUAUAUUCAGAAGAUGAGGACUAUGUCGAUGAUGAGGAUGAAGAUAGUGAUUAUAAUUACUUAUCUGAUGAUCACGACUAUGAUGUUUAUGAAUGUUUUCCGGAUAGACCAAGGGGGAGGUAUUAUGGGGGGUAUGGGAGGUGCUUUAUUUGUAACCAAUCAGGGCAUUGGGCGAACAGUUGUCCAUUCAAAAGGCGAUGAAAUGUUUAUUUGUGUGUAGUUAAACUCCUUAAAUUACCUAAUCCAUGUGUUUUUUUAUUAUACAGAAUACAGUUUUCAAUUAUU